AUGAGGAAAACCUCCGAGGAUUGUCUCACUUUGUCUCCAGACUGGAAAGUAGAAGAUGAGGACAUCACACAGUAUAGUCCAGGAGAAAACCCGGCUCCCUCCAAUGUCCAUCCGGCACCACCCAGUGUAGAUGGACCAUCGGAUUCCUCGUAUCCUGAGGAACCUCAGACUGUGCGGGACCGGGCCGGCCUUCCAACAGGGAAGAGGUUCUCCUGUCCUGAGUGCGGGAAGGGUUUUUCAUUGAAGUCCAGUCUUUACAGACAUCAUAGAUCUCACACAGGGGAGAAGUCAUAUUCCUGUCCUGAGUGCGGGAAAUGUUUUUCAGAACAUCAGAGAUCUCAUACGGGGGAGAAGCCGUAUUCCUGUCCAGAGUGCGGGCAAUGUUUUUCACAUAAUUCCAGUCUUCAAACACAUCAGAGAUCUCACACGGGGGAGAAGCCGUACUCCUGUCCUGAGUGUAAGUCCCAUCUUUACACACAUCAAAGAUCUCACACAGGUGAGAAGCCGUAUUCCUGUCCUGAGUGUGGGAAAAGUUUUUCAGAGAAGACCAGUCUUUACACACAUCAAAGAUCCCACACAGGUGAGAAGCCGUAUUCCUGUCCUGAGUGUGGAAAAUGUUUUUCAGAUAAGUCCAGUCUUCACAGACAUAAGAGAUGUCACACGGGAGAGAAGCCGUAUCUUUGUCCUGAGUGUGGGAAAUGUUUUUCAGUGAAGUCCAGUCUUUACACACAUCAGAAAUCUCACACGGGGGAGAAGCCAUAUUCCUGUCCUGAGUGCGGGAAAUGUUUUUCAGUGAAGUCCCAUCUUUACACACAUCAAAGAUCUCACAUGGGGGAGAAGCCACUUUCCUGUCCUGAGUGUGGAAAGUGUUUUUCAGAUAAGUCCAAUCUUUACAGACAUCAGAGAUCUCACACAGGGGAGAAGCCGUAUUCUUGUCUUGAGUGCGGGAAAUGUUUUUCAGUGAAGUCCAAUCUUUACACACAUCAGAGAUCUCACACAGGAGAGAAGCCAUAUUCUUGUCCUGAGUGUGGGAAAUGUUUUUCACAGAAGUCCCAUGUUUACAUACAUCAAAGAUCUCAUACGGGGGAGAAGCCACUUUCCUGUCCUGAGUGA